UGACACUAGGGAAGGGGUCCAAGCUCGGUCUCUGGAAAGCGCCUGGACCCGGAUGGGGAGACCCGGGAGAUUGUGGGUCGCCCUUUACUGCUAGCUUUGGAGGAUGGAGGUGCCCAAUCCUACAAGGCACACCACUCCGGUCGCAGGCAGGGUCUGGGAGUCAGAGUCCCUAGAUUCUAGUGCCCUCACUUGCAGUGAUGUCGCGUGACCUAGGCCCUCUUUUCUACCUGGGCCUCAGUUUCCCCACCCGUAAAAUAGAGGAGGGUUAGAUCUACCGAGCGUUAAUAUUCCAGAACUGCAAUGGGUACGGAGAAGGAGGAGAGGGGGGACCUACACGUGACCUUACCGCGCGGGGCCCCGCCUAUCCCUUGUCCAGGGGAUGGAAGCGCCCUGCGAGGACGGGCGGGGGUGGGUGGAUCCUAAGAAACGCAACUCGGCCGCCCUUGGCAGCGGCUAAGGCUGAGCGCCCUGCUCGGCGGCAGGCUAGCCCUGGCGACCGGACCAGAGGAGGAUGGGGACCGCAACCCAAACUUCGCAGGGGGCCACCGUGGAAGCGAGGGCGGUGCAGAGGCUCGGCGUGUGACUCACAGCGUAUCUGGGGAGGAUGGACGAGGGGACGCGAGGCAGCUAACGGGGCUCCCUGUCCGCGCCCAUUCCUCAGAGGUGCACCUCGCGGGUCCCGAGCGGGCUCGGUCAACAGCAUCGCAGAGCCGAGCUAAUCUUGGGCCAUGAGGAGCGCGCCGGCAGCCUGGCCGGGGGCCGCCGUCGGGGCUGGCAGCGUCCUACUGCGCUGAGGGCGUGAGGCCCAGAGGGGCGCAAGCUCCCAAGCUGCGCGGGAGUGCACCGCGAUGGCGAGGGAGGAGUGCAAGGCACUGCUGGAUGCGCUCAACAAGGCGACUGCAUGCUACCACCACCUGGUGCUGACCGUCGGCGGCUCGGCAGAUUCGCAGAACCUGCGUGAGGAGCUGCAUAAAACGCGCCAGAAGGCGCAGGAGCUGGCGGUGGCCACCGGCGCCCGGCUGACGACCGCACUGCGCGACCGGGGUCUGGGCGCCGAAGAGCGCGCUGAGUUCGAGCGCCUCUGGGUGGCCUUCUCCGGCUGCCUGGACCUACUGGAAGCCGACAUGCGGCGCGCGCUGGCGCUGGGCACGGCGUUCCCGCUGCACGCGCCGCGGCGGCCGCUUGUGCGCACAGGCGUGGCGGGCGGCGCGGCGGGCGUAGCGGCGCGUGCCCUGAGCGCCCGAAGCCUGCGGCAGGAGGCGGAGCGCGGCUUCGACGUGGACGACCUGCAAGAACUGGAGCGGGAGAUCCUUCAGGUGGGCGAGAUGAUUCACAACAUGGAGAUGAAGGUCAACGUGCCCCGCUGGACUGUUCAGGCCCGGCAGGUGGCGGGCGCCGAGCUCCUGUCCAGCGCCGGUGCCUCCUCGACAGGCUUUGUGUCUAUAGAAGAGCGCACAAGGCGCUGCGACCUGAACAAGGCCCUGGCCGCCACCGUUUUCAGCGCCGUGCUCCUGGCGGCUGUAGUCCUGGCUGUGUGCGUGGCGAAGUUGAGCUAACUGACACCCGAUGAUCCCCCACCACCACCCCUCCUUCCCCAAAGACACCCCUCCCAGAAUGACCGCUAUUGCCAGAACUCAGAUGGGAAUGGGAUCUGGCGUGCCUAAAGGAAUUGGUUCUAACACCCCGUGUGUGUAGGUAUGCACGCUCGUUUCAGGCACACCUCUGCCUGGACAGAACGUGGUUUCCUCUUGCUGGCCUGGGAGGAGUUAAUUUUGUGCAGGGCCGCUAGGGCAUUACCAUUAAUGUAUGCAGGAGCUUUAUCCCCUAUUAAUAGAAAACCGUCCACAGUGACCCCAGAUUCCUCUGUGUUAAUGGGUUACUGCGUGUGCUGCUGAGGCGUGUUUACACUGAGUUCCAGCUUGGCGCCCCCAUCCCUAACGGAGACUCCCCACUCUCUGCAUGGGGCAGUUUGAAAAAGGGGGUGAGGUGAAAUGAAGUGUCCAGAGGGGGGCUAUUUUGCUGAGGUGGGGAUGGUUUUCUUUCUUCUGGACAGGAGGCAAAUUGCAACAAGAUAUAAGCAGUUUAUUGUUGUUUUUUUAUUAAUCCGUUGGGGCCUAAGGUUAAGAGAGUGCAAAUAGAAGUGCAUGGAAAGUGCUUUCGCGAUGGCACAGGAUUGAGCUUGGCAGAGUUUAUCUAUUAGUCACCAAAAGCAGCCCAAAAGGUUUGGGGUCGUGCCCGCCAGUGCAGGAUCGGACUCUGCUUACUUGGGAAACCAAAGAAACGCUGUAGAACCUGCCCUCAGGAGCUUGGAGCCACUGCACACACUGCCUAUUUAAAACAGGCUCUCUGCAGCCAGCCUGGAAGGGGUACAAGCUUUGGGAAGGGGCACAUACUGUUUAAACAGGGACUUUCUCCUUCACUGCGGCUUAUUUUUGUUCCAGAACUAGACCAGAGAUUUUUGAUCCUGCUUUGGGGGAGGGCUGGGGAAUCCUCUUUGGAGCCCUUAAUCCUGUCUAUCCCUUGGAAUUUGCUUGCUGGCCAGUAGGAGAGCGGGCUUUGGGAGGAGCUGCACAGCUCUCUGACCCGGACACUGCCCCCUGAAAGGGUAUAGUGGCAUCACUGGCACACACAGAUGUUGAGCCAAUUAGCUCUGAGACUGGGUUAGAAUGUAACAGCUUUAACUUGGAAUUUACGAAACUUUUUAGGGCUGGCCUGGUGGCUGCGGUGGUUGGAGCGCCUUGCUCCUCACACGGAGGUCGCUGGUUAGGUUCCCACAUGGGUCAGUGAGCUGCGCCCUCUACAGCUAAGAUUGUGAACAACGGCUCUCCCUGGAGCUGGGCUGCCGUGAGCAGCUGGAGGUUCGCGUGAGCAGCUGGCGGUUCCCGUGAACUGCUGUGUGCUGCUGUGGGCUACUGUGUGCUGCCAUGAGCCGCGGGUGGCCAGCGUGAGUGCCAGGGAGCUAUAUCCUACACAACUAGGCUGAGAAACAACAGCUUGAACCAAAGUGGGGGAGGGAGAGGCGGUAGAAAGGGGGGGGAAGCUUUUUAAACGUAACAAUCGUAUGAAUUAAAAAUCGCAUAACCACACUAUGUAUUAUCAAAGCUGGGUUUUUUUUUAUAAAGGACAUUUGGCCACAAAUUUAAUACGUGCCAAAGAGUCAAAUAUAGCAGUCUUUACUUAACACACUUUGGUUACUAAAUAUACAUCUGCAUCUAUUUUUAAAACUGAUCUUCUUGAAGGUAGGAGGUCAUAGGAAAAACUAUUGGUACCACAGAUAUAGAUGACAGAAAUUAAGUGGCCCCUGCCCCUUUUGGUCAAUAAAUAAGGAAAUGUGAAAAACACGCUUGGUCUCAGGCAGGAAUUUGCCUGGACAGUGCUGCCACCUCCCACUUAUGGUCCAGAGCGAGUAUCUGUUGAGAAAAGAGAUGCAUUUAACUCUAAAGGUAAUCAUUUGGAAUAAAACAGAGGCUUUGGUUUGGCAGAAAACUGCAAGGAUUAUUUUUUUUCCUUUUUUACUCCAAAAGUGAGAAAGGAGACCAAGAGGAGGGAAUUGGCAGUUUUUCACAAGGACCAAGGGCCAGAGGCAAAUAGCAGGAAUGCUGUCUGGGCACCCAGUCCUAAGGGCCACCCUCCCAGCCCAGCCCUCUCCCACUCCUCUUGCACACAGGUUCCAGUACGUUAGAAUAUGAGGUCUGUUAGCAUGUAUCUGUGAUAAUGGUUUUAAAAUACCCACAAGGUCUUAAGCUGAUUAAAAAUUUUAUGACAAUAACUAAUUGAAAGGAACCCCCUGCCCCAUCCAGUCUGGGUGAAUCUGAGUAGGGUCUAACAUCAAAUUCUUUUGCAUCUGACUGCCCGGGGUAACUUCAAAGAUGACAACGUUGUCUAACUCUCCUCUUCCUCUUCUCACACACAACAUGGAAUCUCUGUCACCUUCCCCAAAGACUCAUCUCAGGCAAGAGGAGGCUGGGGCAUUUAGUGACACACUGUUGGAAAAUAUCCCUAAAAACCAAGCCUUAAAUAGAUUCUUCUCUUUCUAUGACUGUGACUCUCUGUUCUUAUUAAGGUGUUUUGGUUCAUGAAAAAACAAAUUGUUAAGCACAACAAAUUGUUAAAAAAACAACCCAUCAGAAGUUGUGUAAUUCAGAGAGAGCAAUUGGGGCAAUCACAUUUCUUUGUUGUCACUCCAUCCACUUGGCCGAUCUUUGGGUAGUUAUCAUAUGUGCAAUCAGAGGUGUUCUUGAUUUCAAGAGUCCUCUGCUCACUGAAAUUAGUGAUAAAAUGUUGCAAAAACAAAAAAGUUGAAUUACAAUAAACAUAUUUAUUCUGUGGGCCUGUUAACGUAAACAAAUCUGAGUUUGAAAAUUUUAAACAUUAGGGAUAUUUGGCAUUAUUUGGAGUUAUUAAUAUAACAUUGCCUAAUAGAACUUUUGUUAUAUGAUGCAAGCAAAAUCACUUUCUGCUUGAGCAAUCGUCUGCUGUCUAUCUCUCUGCUCUCAUUUCUAUAUAUAAUUCAAGAGAUUGCUUUCUGAUACAAGACUGAUUCAAUUUAGAUGUUUGAUACAAAAGUUACUAAUUUUCUAAGAACAUUUGGUAUGAGGUUAUACUCUGAUACGUGAGAAAACAAAAAUUCAAAAUGCUUACUAUGGGAUAUAUAUGAAGAGGUCAAUGUUAAAGUCUAUGACAGAGACUCUUUGCUUUCCCAAAUUAAAGGUACAAGUUAAAGGAUAGAUCUUUGCUUCCAAAGUAAAAUACUAUUAUAAAUCUCUUGUGAAGUUAAAUACCUGUAUCAUCAUUGGCUUCUCUUUUGGAAAAACAGCACACCUUUAUCUGAUAUUGACAAGAACUUGGAAUGUCAGGGCACUUAUCAUGGGAACUUUGAACUACUGCUAUUAGUUACACACAAACACACACACACACACACACACACACACAACUAAUAAUGUUUGUAGGAGAAAAAUGCCUGCUGGCAAAUUCCCUUUUAUGUGCUCUAAGAACUUGUACUAAAAUAUUAUUGGUAAAUAAAAUUAGAGCACAAGCUUCACGAUUUACCUAAGGUUUACAGUAAGCUGCAUAAGAGGUGUGUGAUGUCAAAUAUCUAAAAAGUAGUUUUGGUUGAACAGAGUUCUGGUUUGCAUGAAGAUGCUGAUAACGCAGCGUUUUCCUUUUCAAUGUGCACACUGAUAUGUGUUUAGCUAUUUGGUUGUUUUUCAGAAUGUAGUUCUCUGUUCUGUAUUGAAUGCUUGUUAAGGGUGUGAGCACCAGAGUGUGACCUGUAUGUCAGUCUGAGAAAUCAAGUGCUAUAGGCCUGGCCUCUGCAUUCCCUUAGGACGUGCCUCCUGGGACAAGGCCUGAGCAGCUGCAGUGGGCAGGGGCUCGGCCUCUCUCUCCAAGCACCUCAGACGCAUCAUUGACCUCCCUGUGCCUCACUCCCCUCAUUUGUGAAAUGGGGGGAGGGAGUCCUGACUGAUUAGCUCAAAGGUCCCUUCCUUUGAGCUUAAAACGUCUAACAGAAUGCAGUUAAACAAGAAAGGGUUAUUUUGUUUGUUUGGAUUAUUUUGGGUGCAUAUUGAAAUGGAAUCUUACAGUUUGGUGGUGAUGGUCUAAAAUUAGUCUGUUGGUAAAAUUCCAUAUGAAUUUUAAAAAUCAGAAUGAACUGAGCUUACUGUGAUUUUAGUCCAUAUCAGAAUUAGUGGAUGGACUUGAAAGCAAAUUUGUGUAAAUGCUACUUAUUUGUAGUACUUAAAUUAGAUUAGGAAUUUAAAUUCAGACUCGUCUAAGUUCAAGAAAGCCUAGUAUUUAUUAGUUUCUUGUCAGACCACCUAAACUGAUUCUAGUAAAUUACGAAUGUGAAAACCUGUCAUUUGUCAAUCCUAUUCUGUAAGUAACCUGGUGCCCUCAGAACUGUAACUACAUUGGCUGCCUGAUAUCGGAGAACCUGAGCAUAGCAUGGGUUAUUUUAUAUGUGGCAUCAGGUCUAACGUGGAAUUAAAGGCUUCGGGUCUACUGUUUGAAUGAUGCUUCUAACUAAAAUGUUUAUUAAUAAAAAAUUAAAGAUAACAUGCAACAUUUAUAACUUAGUUGGAAAAGGCACCCUCAAAUGAUUCAGUUAUCAAUGAUUGUGAUUUAAAAAAAAUAUUUUGGGGAGCUUUUGAGAUCUUGUUCCCCUCCAUCUGUUGUCAGUUUGACUCAAAUAAACUUAUAAAAUUUCAAAAAAAAAUUCUUAAUCUUCUUCAUGCACUUUUGAAGUGAAUGUCCUGAUCAACCCAUUUACCCUUCACAGAUUUCAUUACAUAAAAUUUCAUUACAUAAAGAGAUGUUCAGAAAUACUCCAGGAUUAUACAUUUCCAAGUGCUUUUCUACAAUACGAUUAUACUCAUCUUUUAACACAGGAUAGAAUCCAGGAAGAAUAGUAUGUCUCUACACGAACGAUCUUUGGCUGUGGUCAACACAGAUCAAAGUCAUAUUCAAAUACUGUUUCUUUGACUCUUAGGAAUUGACCAAAAGGGCAGGAACUGACCACAUGCUGCAGCCUGUGUCCAUGAACACCAGAUGGAUUUCUGUAAAAGCACUCCUUUUAUUUACUUAUUUUCAUCUCAUUCCGCGGAGGAUUCCGGCUGUUUUCAUUGCAGUACUGUAAGAUCUUGGGCAUUCUUGUCCUUUGGUGUGUAAGUGUAGAAGUGUAUAACCUUAAGGCUUAUCUGACAGACAUAAACAGGCCAAAUGAGAGCUCCUGUUGGCAAAAUGAUUUUGAAAAGUCCUUUUAAUAUGCUGUUGCCAGACGGCAAAGGUGAGUGUCCCUGCUUGCAUGUAUGUGUUAGGCAUAUAGAGAUCUAUAAGGAAAUAUACAUAAAUGAAAAUAUUUGUUAAGGUGGUGGGAUUAUGAAUGGUGUUUUUCAAUAUUUUUAUUUAGUGUUACAUUGUUUUUACAAUAAAAAUUGGCUCUUAUCACCUAGAAAAUGUUGUUAUUAAAAUAUACAUUUUAACAGUUAAGGCCUCAAUUGUAAUGAGAAACAACUUCAGGACCUUCCUCCCCAAAACAAAGCAAAACACUUCAGGAAUCUUAACCCAGGGAACCAGAAGCAUGUUUUGAAAUACAGCAUCAAGACAGAAUAGCAUAAAGGUUAAGAGGACUGCCUAUGAAUAAGGUACACCUAAGUUUUGAUCCGAACUCAUUGAAGAAGUUCCUUAAUACCUUUGCCCUCAAUAGUACCUUAAUACCUUUGCCUUAAUACCUUUGCCUUAUCUUUACAAUGGGAGUAAUAGGGUAAACUGCAAAGGGAUGUUGAGGUAAGACUUUUUUCCAGGCACAGGGCUCAAUAAAUGUUGGCUGCCACUACUGUUAUUAUUUAUUAUAAUAUUUCAGAAGUCUGAAAAAUGGGAUGGUUGGCAAAAGAACCAACAUAUAUGAAAACGUUUUACUUUCUGUAACUUAGGUAAAAUUUGCUAAAAAUCAAUUUGAAGAUUAAAGCUAAACAAACUCGUUAAAUGAGAGAAGGUAUGUAAUAAGGUCAAGGUUACAGAGGGAAAUUCAGGUGGAUGCAGAAGUGGGAAUCCAUACAUUUGUAGUCAAAUUUAUUGGGUAUAAUUUAAAGACAGUAACAUUCACCCUUCUUAGGUGUGCGGUUUUGAGUUUUGACAAAUGUAUACAAUCAUGUAACCACCACCCCAGUCAAGACAUAGA